AUUAAUUUCAAGGUGAGACCAAUAAAUAUCACUCUUAGCUCUGCGGAUGCUUGCUUACUAUCUUGUCUAAUAUAGCACAAAUCUUCCAUGGAAUCCACACUUUGCCUCCAUUGCCGCCCCUUGCCAUUUCUGGCACAACGCAUCCCUUCCGCCGUGAGGACAAGGGCCACCAGUCCUCAUUUCAGCUUUAAGCAUUCUUCUCUUUUGCUUUCUGAUGGUUUCACGAGCCACCAGAGAAGACGUACUCUCUUCAGUCCCAUAAUCAAGCAGAAAACAUUAUCUGUUCGGGCAUCAGCAAUCCCACCGGGCGGGAAGGCUGCACUUCAGUCUUUCUUGGACAUGACUGCCAACCUUACUUCGAGCAAUGAAGACUUCCAAAAGCUGGAAACUUUCAAACUGCCUCAAAGGCCUUCAACUGAAGAUGUUGGUACCCUUAAGAUGAAGGCGCUAUUGCUAUUGAGAUCAGGGAAGGGUGAUGAGGCAGAGGAAAUAUUGAAAAAGGCACUAAAAGUCUGUAAGAAUGAUCCAGAGCCUGCAUACAAUUUGGAAAUAGCAUUGGCCGAAAUUCUCAUCUGCAAGAAAAAAUAUGGAGAAGCUCAUACGUAUCUCAAGCAUCAACUUCACCCUUCAGAUGGUCGAUUUCCUCUCUACAAGGCUAUCACAUGUACCAUGCUGGAUAACGAGGAGGAAGGAAAGGAAUGGUGGGAUAAGUUCUCACUAAUCGUUGAAGGUGGAUUCGAUAUUCCAAUUAAAGGAGAAUUAGAAUAUUGAUGUUUCGAAGGUAGUAGUAGUACUACUGUUACCAUGGAGUUCCACCUCAUCAGCUAGCUAAUCACACCUUAAUUUUUAUUCAUUUGUACUUGAUGGAAUCCAUAUCACAAGCAGCCAUGACUGAGUGAGAUAUAGUGUCUAUAAUAAGGUGAGAAUGAGAUACAUCGAUCGGGUCAUCGUCUGUCGUCUGUGUAUCUGCAUAUCUCAAUUACACAAAAAUUGGUUCGAUAGUGUGAGAGAAUAAGAUUGAUUUUAUUGGAGUAGGUCUAUAUAUGUUGUUGAGUACCACUGAUCAUAUGAUGUGUUAUGAAACAAUAUUAUUAAUCAAAUAAAUUCAUGUUAAUAUGGGCUUUUAUUAUUAUUGUGUGGUA